AUGCGCGUCAAAGGAUUCAGAGAAGCCAUAUUUGAUGGUAAACUUGAAACUAUUCGUCAUUUAGCCGAAAAGCGUCCACGAUUAUUACAUCAAUCAAUCGAUGCCGAUGGAAACACAGCUCUAGGCUUGGCAAUUUUACUUAGCGAUGUCGACACUGUUAAAGAACUGUUAGACCUAGGAGCUGAUCCAAAUCUCGCAAAUGGAUUUGAUCAUAAUCAUCCGCUUGUUAUAUUGGCAAAAAUUCGUCAAGAAGAAGGUGAUCCAAGGCAGCAAUUAGCUGAUAUUCUUUUAGAAGCAGGAAGCGAUCCUAAUUGUAUUGUUCGUUAUCAAGCAGACAAUCUAAAUCGUUUGGAUGCUACACAAACGCCAUCCUUUUGUGAAACACCAUUUCUGUGUGCAGUGAGAUAUUCAAACGAAAUUUUUGUGAAAAAAUUAUGCGCUAAAGGAGCGGACAUUGAAUUAGCGAAUGAAGAAACGGGAAUGACAGCAUUAAUGCUAGCAAGUUCAAUGGGAUACAAUAAUAUAGUUAAUAUUCUUCUCGACGCUGGGGCAGACCCCAACCAAGUUGAUUAUCAAGGAAAUGCCGCACUCCAUCAUGCAACUAGUGGUUACGGUGAGAAUAUUGAAUGUAUCAAGACUCUAAUCAGUCGUGGUGCCAAUAUCAAUAUUUCAAAUGAAAUUGGUUUCACACCAUUAAUGCUUGCAAAAGAAAAUUGGAAUGAUGCCGUUGUUAAACUACUAACAUCGAAUUCGAGCUCAGAGCCACAAUCAAACUCAUUACCCCCUCCUCCGGUGUAUGAUAAAAUUGAUCCAAUAAACGAUGAAAAAAUGAUUUCGUUUAUAUAG